AUGUUAAAAAUUAUCUUACCAACAACUAUACUAUUCCCAAUAAUAUGACUAUCAAAAGACCACAUACUAUGAAUUAACAUAAUACUUUGAAGUCUUCUAAUUAGCACCCUUACCCUUAUACUCCUAUAUAUACCCAACAACCCAUACAAUCUAUCACUAAUCUCCUUCUCAGACCCACUAACAGCACCCCUCCUAGUCCUAACAACCUGACUACUACCACUGAUAACUCUAGCCACCCAACACCACCUCUACCAUAAUUCCCCCUCCCGAAAAAAAGUAUAUAUCUCAAUAUUGAUCCUACUACAAAUCUCCCUAAUCAUAACAUUUACGGCCACAGAACUAAUCUUAUUCUAUAUCUUAUUUGAAACUACCUUGGUCCCCACCCUAAUUAUUAUUUCCCGCUGAGGCUACCAGCCCGAACGCCUCCAUGCUAGCUCAUACUUCCUAUUCUACACACUAAUAGGGUCCCUCCCACUCCUCAUCACACUACUAUUUUACCUAGAUAACCUAGGCUCCCUAAAUAUAUUAACAAUAAUAAUUAAAACCAAAGAGCUUCUACCCUCUUGGACUAACAAUAUCAUGUGGCUGGGAUGCAUGAUAGCUUUUAUAGUCAAAAUACCCCUAUAUGGACUUCACCUAUGGCUACCCAAAGCCCACGUUGAAGCCCCAAUUGCUGGCUCAAUAGUGCUCGCAGCAAUCUUACUCAAAUUAGGCGGCUAUGGCAUAAUACGAAUUAUUCCCAUUCUAAAUUCCUUAACAGAAAAAAUAAACUACCCUUUCCUCAUCCUAUCCCUUUGAGGUAUAACUAUAACAAGCCUAAUCUGUUUACGACAGGCAGACCUAAAAUCACUUAUUGCCUACUCCUCCGUCAGCCACAUAGCACUCGUCAUCCUAGCCAUCCUUAUCCAAACCCCCUGAAGCUUCACCGGCGCAAUGAUCCUAAUAAUCGCUCACGGGUUUACUUCGUCUAUGCUAUUCUGCCUAGCAAACUCAAAUUACGAACGAAUUCACAGCCGAACAAUAACAUUUACUCGAGGGCUCCAAACACUAUUCCCGCUUAUAGGCCUCUGAUGACUCCUAGCAAAUCUCGCUAACCUCGCCCUACCACCAGCUAUUAAUCUAGUAGGAGAAUUACUCACAAUCGUAUCUUCCUUCUCUUGAUCCAACUUUACUAUUAUAUUCACAGGACUUAAUAUACUAAUUACAGCACUCUACUCACUUCAUAUGUAUGCCUCUACACAGCGAGGUCCACUUACAUACAGCACCAGCAAUAUAAAACCAAUAUUUACACGAGAAAAUACGCUAAUAUUUAUACAUAUAACACCAAUCCUCCUCCUUACCUUGAGCCCCAAGGUAAUUAUAGGACCCUCACCUU